GAAUGUCGGUCUUUAAUAGUAUCUCGUCUGUGCCCAUGCCCAUGAUUCAGAUCGUUAUCCCAUUCAGUCCGUUAUCACGUUGGCUAAGAAAUUGAUGUUACGAGAAAACGAGAUGAUAAUGGAAUUACCGGAAGCUACUUCCUACUUCUGGAAACAAAGCAGAAGGACAACAUAUGACAGCUGGCCCUUCAACAAAUCCGACAAAUGCAAUGCUGAACGCAUGGCUGCCGCUGGAUUUUAUGUUGUUGGGGACAGCAAUGAGCCAGACUUGGUUGAAUGUUUCAUUUGUAGCAAGCAACUCGAUGGUUGGGAACCGGAUGAUGAUCCAUGGUAUGUCAAGUAA